AUGCAUAUCCUCCUCAUAGCAACCAUCGCCGUCAUUGUCCUCGGUGCACCGCUCCAGGCAGCAGGAGGCAAGCCAAGCCCGGCAGGAGGCAAGCCAAGCCCGGCAGGAGGCAAGCCAGGUCAGGCAGCGACGCUUCUGUGGUCGGCGCCGGUGUUCUCGGGCGGCGGCUACGCUUCCGAGUCGCUCAACUAUCUGCUUGGCCUGGCGCCGUAUGCUGCGGCUCGGGAUGUGGCGGUGGCGGUCGAGCAGCACGGCGACAUGUACGAUCGGAGCUAUGUCGCCGGUCUGCCGUCGCCACAGGCUGCUGCGCUUCAGGGCUGGGCCAGGACGGGCGCUGGCCUGCGAGGCGGACGCAACUCUGCGCCGAUCAUCAAUGUCUGCCAUUCCGAGCCUGGCGCAUGGUCGGUGACGGCCCGCGGUGCUCUGUUCUCCACCUCGCGCUGCCCGCGCCACGGCGCGGCCUACACCAUCGGGCGGACUAUGUUCGAGACCGACUCGCUGCCCGACGGCUGGGCUGAACGGUGCAACGCCAUGAAUGAGGUCUGGGUCCCCACCGCGUUUCACGCUCGCAUCUUUGCCGACGCCGGCGUCGACAGCGCCAAGAUCCACGUCGUGCCCGAGUCGGUAGACACCGCUACGUUUGAUCCCGACGCCACUGACCUCGUCCCGCUUGCCCUCGACGGCCCGCCGGACGCCUUUAACUUUGUCUCGGUCUUCAAGUGGGAGGAUCGCAAAGGCUGGCGGCUGCUGCUCGACGCCUACUUUGCUGCAUUUGCCUCGGCGCCGCAAGGCUCGGUCGCGCUUUACAUUGUCACUCGCGCCUUCCACUCGUCGUCUGACUUUGACACCGCCAUCGCCGCACACGCCGCUGACCGCGGGCUCGACAUGGCCACCCUCCCGCCUGUCUUUGUGCUCUCGGGCAUUCCGCAGACUCACAUGCCCGCCAUGUAUGCAGCCAUGGAUGCGUUUGUCUUGCCGUCGCGCGGCGAGGGCUGGGGCCGCCCGCACACUGAGGCCAUGGCCAUGCGCCUUCCGGUCAUCGCCACCGCCUGGUCCGGGCCGACCGAGUUCAUGACAAACGCUCUUGUCGACCUCCUGCGCACCGUCCAUACCUCGCUGGCCGAGAACGCCGCACGCGGCGCACGCGCCCGCGCUGACAUGGUCGCCAACUUCUCCAAUGACGCCAUCGGCAAGCUCCUCGCCGACCACCUCGACCGCAUCCUUAGCAACCUUGCCGAACGCGCCGUGAGUCCCGAGAGCGGCCACGACGAGCUGUAG